UUCCUAACCCUAAAACCCUCUCCUCCAAAACCCCUCCUAAGUCUGAAAUACCAUUCCUUUUCAGCGCCAAACCAAAAAACGAAAAAAAGGAAACAAACGAAGAACACGAAAAAGCAGAGAAUUUCAAUUCCUGAUUUCAACAAAAUCCCAAAGAAAAGAAAUGGCCCGUCUCCAACACAGGAGGAGAAAGAAGACAUUCAUCAAACCUGUGGUGAAGAAGCCGAGUGUCGAUCACGUGACGGGCGAUAAGAUCCCGAAGAGCUUCGUCUUCUCCCGAGGAAAGCUCCCAGGCCCGCUGAAGCAGCUCGAAUUGGAUUUGCGCAAGUUGAUGCUCCCGCACACCGCUCUCAAUCUCAAGGAAAAGAAACGGAAUAAUCUCAAGGACUUUUUGAAUGUCGCGGGGCCUAUGGGUGUCACACAUUUUCUGAUGUUGUCAAAGACAGAAAGUGCACCCUAUCUUAGAGUUGCAAGGGCCCCACAAGGACCAACACUUACAUUCAAAAUACAUGAAUACUCAUUGGCAAUUGAUGUUGCUCAUUCCCAGGCCCGGCCAAGAUGUCCUCCAGAGCUAUUCAAAAACUCCCCUCUGAUUGUCCUUUCUGGUUUUGGGACUGGCGAUCAACAUCUGAAGCUCACAACAAUAAUGUUUCAGAAUAUAUUUCCAGCCAUUGAUAUUAAUACUGUCAAGCUUUCCUCAUGCCAGCGAAUCGUUUUGCUUAAUUAUGAUAAAGAAACUAAGCUCAUCGAUUUUCGGCAUUAUUCCAUCAGAGUACAGCCUGUGGGUGUCUCUCGUAGGAUUAGAAAAUUCGUGCUGAACCAUCAAGUACCAGAUUUGAGGAGUCUUCAAGAUGUUAGCGACUUUGUUACAAAGGCUGGUUAUGGAUCAGAAAGUGAAGCAGAUGACGAAGCCGCAACAGUAAAUCUGGAAAGUGAUCUUGGUAGAGUAAACCGGGCUUCCACAAAAAGUGCGGUCAAACUUCAAGAGAUUGGACCGCGGAUGACACUCCAACUAAUGAAAGUCGAGGAAGGAUUAUGUUCCGGAGGCAUCAUAUUCAACGAAUAUGGAAGCGGAGGUGCACCAAAGAAUCAGGAAGUACUGGAAGAAGAUUAGUUCUUGCUAAUUAAUCAUCUUUUCAUAUCAAGAAAAGCACACACCGCAGGAAAACUGGCAGCAUCUUCUUCCAUGAUUUUUUCCAGGAGUGUUUAGGCAUGGCAGCCAUGUUCAUGUUUUUGAGGAAUUGUAGCCAUACUCUUCUAAAGUAUGAUAUAUCAAUACAGAUUCAUGAA